CGCUGAUGUCGCCAUUGAUGAACAUGGCAGCUUGCAGGGAGUGUAUCGUGGCUUUGUCAACAGACUGCUAGUGGUUGGGCUACCAUGUGAAUGCUUGAGCUUCCAUUCCUUUUCCUAAAACCAUGUCUGAGUGUGAGACCGGUCAAGAUAACGCACCGAUCAAGGAGGGCUUCCGAAGUGACGGCAAGGUGACACUUCCACAAGAGCCUAUCGAUAUCGAAUCACUCCUUAGGAAUGAAGGCCCCAUCCUCCAUGUACUUAUUGUAGUGUUUCAUCAUAAGAAGGGUGCUGUGGUGGAGUAUGCCUAUCCUGCUUUACAAGAGGAUGAUCCCACUGAACUCCCCGAGCCUUGGAAGCAACUUCCUUCUCUUGCUAUACCUGAUGGUGCCCAUAAGUAUGAAUGGGACACAGUGUAUUUUCACCUCCCCAGCAUCUCCCUGUCUCAAAGGACAGUCUUUGGUAUCUCUUGCUACAGACAAAUUAAUGCUAAGGAUGUGAAGAAUCCAAGCCGAGACAUAACCCGCACAACGGUCCAGAAGGCAAUUUGUGUUCUUUCUUCCUUGCCCCUGUAUGGACACAUACGAGUUCAUGUUUGGGAAGUGGCUGAACAUUACAUGAAGGGAGGUGAUCUCUCCAAUACCGAAGAAUUGCCUAGAUUAUACAAGAACCUCAAUGCUUCUCUCAAUGAAGGACUUCUUUCUUCCAAGGAACUUUAUCUGGGUUUAGAGCUGAGGGACUUGGUCCUGCAUUUUCGGCACAAGGUUUUGGUUCUCUUCAAGCUUUUGCUCUUGGAGCGAAAGGUGUUGUUUAUCCAUUCACCUGUCCACACACUUUGCUCAGGAAUACUUGCUCUUGUGUCUUUGGUGCCCCUGAUGCUUCAGAAAGGCCUCAAUCAUGCUGCUUGUGUCAGGUCCAAAGAUACACAUGUCCUAGGAGACACAAGGAAUCUGGCCGAAAAGUGCAGCCCUGGAGACCCCAAGCCAUCUUUUGUCAUCGGUCAAGAUGGAGAUGAGGUUUCAGCAGUCAAGUCUCAAUUAUCUGCAGAAGAGGAACUUCUAGCAGAGAUAGAAGAUGCAUUGACACCUGAAGAAGAAAAGCAUACCCAUACAACCAAAAUUCAAGCUGAAAAGAAAGACCAUGAAGGCAUGAAGCGACCUUCUUCCUCAUCCUCGUUGAAAGGGCGACUCUCUGGUAUGAUUGGGGGUAAUUGGGUCCAGAGGUCACCUUCUGAGGAAAAGCUUCAACCACCUUCCCCAGUAAAGGAACCAAAGGAACUUGGUGAGAAGAAUGGGGUGAAUUUCUCUGUGCCAAGAAUGAACAUCAAGGCCUUGGAUAACUUGGAUCUGGCAAGUGCAGGAUUUCCAUUGACUAUCUUCUCUCAGGGAAUGGUUUGUCAUCCAUAUCUGGCCUUGCCAUAUAUUGACGUUCUGGGUGAUGUGAAUUUGAGAGGAUACUGGGUGGGAGCGUCCAAUGAUCUCUUCAAGCACAAGAAGCAUCUAGCUGAUGUUCUGGUUCAGCUUGAAGAUGCACGAGUUGAGGUGUAUGACCCAGAGUUGAGGCGCCAGUUGAGCCUUACUACAGAAGACCUUCGAUUUGCUGAUUUCAUUGUGAAGUCUGUAUCUGAAGAGGCCAGCAUACCUCUGGAGAUGGAAGAGUGGAUUCGACUUCACUUCUGGCUUUAUGCUCUUCAUCUUGCACAUGGGAGUCGAGAGAUGGAAUUCUACAAUGCCCACUUUGUUUCUGCCUGGAAAGAGACGCACAACUACAGGCUUUGGGUUGGCCGACCUCAUGAUGGCAUCUUGGAGAUAAACCCUGGACACCCAUUCUCAGGGCAGCUUUCUGUCUCUGAUGUCAAACUCAAACUGUCCCACACAUUGCAGAGCUCUGAAAGAGGGCGCCGGAUUAACCAGACACUCUCCCAGACUGGCAAGGUCGUUGGUGGAGCUCUAUCCAAUGCAAAAGGAGCCCUUUCAUCAUGGUGGAAUAACAUCUCCUUGGGUCACGAGCCUCCUUCCCCUCAUAUGACAGGAGGCGUGGAAGAAGCGCACGAAGUGGUGGGUGAAGAAGACGAUAUGGUCAUCAUCGGGGUCUGCAAUAAUGACACGACCAAGAUCUCCUCUCCCAAGAAGGCCAAGUCCUGAUACCAAAUGCAAAUCACA